UGACGUAGACUCCGAAGCUUGUACGGAGCCGCUUUCUUUGAAACUGCGUCACUUGUCUUCACUACUCUUGUUGUUCCACACUGCAGUACGAUGGCGGCCACUCUGGUCAAAAAAUGCCUCAUAAGUCCUCUAACUUUGCUCUCCAGGAGGCUCUCUGUUCCGGAGUUCUUCUCCCAGUGCUUCUACCACGAGAAGGUGGUGGACCACUAUGAGAACCCGAGGAAUGUGGGAAACUUGGACAAAAACUCCAGGAAGGUCGGCACUGGUUUGGUGGGGGCCCCCGCCUGUGGAGAUGUAAUGAAGCUGCAGAUUGAGGUGGACGACGAUGGCAAGAUCGUGGACGCCAGGUUCAAAACAUUUGGCUGCGGUUCUGCCAUUGCCUCAAGCUCUCUGGCCACCGAGUGGGUGAAGGGAAAAUCUGUGGAUGAAGCCCUAAUGAUAAGGAACGUGGACAUCGCCAAAGAGCUCAGUCUCCCACCUGUGAAACUUCACUGCUCCAUGCUCGCAGAGGACGCCAUCAAGGCCGCCCUGGCCGACUACCGCCUUAAGCAGCAUGACGACCAGCAGGUGGCAGUCAGCGCUGCUAAUUAAAAGAAUCCUUUUUUCUGCUGAGAAGAAAUAGCACUUCCUGCAAUAUAUAGCUAAGUAACGCCCUUUAUUAUCCUACUGUAUGGUUAGCCUGUCACGCAAACGCACAAUGGAAGCUUGUUAAGUGGCUAGCAAUUAUAUGUUACGCUGCUUCUUGUAAAGGCUGGAUGUUAACGGCCAAGGAGUAACAAGUGUUAAGAAUAUGAAGCACCUGGAAAAAUAUUAAUAAAACUCACCUGAAAAUAUA